AUGAGUAUUGUACAGAGUCUAAUUGAUCAACAAAUCGGUCUUUCGAGAUUGACCAAUUACGAUUUGGCUAUUAAACGACUGUGGUGUGCGAAAGAUGAAGAUUUUUCUCGAAUUUUGCCGUACGACAAUUCGGAAUUCGAAGCCGCUGCCGACCCACCGAUUUUUGCUUGUAAAUUUGCCCACCUUAAAGGCUACCGGCAGAUUUACGCCCUUGCCAAUGAAGAAGGGCGCAUCGCAAUCUGUAAUAAAGAUACCAAAUCGCGCUUGGGCUGCAGCGUGCAUAAUAAUGCGAUUUUUGAUAUCGCGUGGAUGCCUAACGCGAUGAAACUGGUAACGGCAUCCGGUGAUCAUAUGGCUUCGCUUCUUGAUGUAAGCCAAGGUGGCGUGACAUGCGUGCGCAUGUUUCAGGGUCAUAAACGGUCUUUAAAAACGGUGGCUUGCUGUAGGGACGCCGAUUCGAUUUUUGCGACCGGCAGUAGAGAUGGACGGUUGAUAAUUUGGGACACACGAAUGGGGACGAACGAAUUUUUCGGUGUUACCGAUAUUUUGAUACCGCUAACACAUGUGCAACGCGUAUCCGGUAAAGUACGUGAGGUCUCGGCCUCCAGCUCCGUUACCGGUGUUAUUUUUAAAGACUGCAAUACUCUAAUUUCUUGUGGUGCAGGCGACGGAGUGAUCAAAGUUUGGGAUAUCAGAAAAACGUACUACUCUUUAGAUAAAAUCCCUACUCCAAAGUAUUCACUACCGUAUAGUGGGGAUACGUUACGGUAUGGCUAUAGUAAUUUAUUAAUGAAUUCUAAUGGCACAAAACUGUACGCGAGCUGCCUAGACAAUGCUAUUUAUGUAUACAAUUUAGCCACCUAUAAUCCGAAGCCUGUAAUGAAAUAUGUGGGCCACAAGAACAGUACAUAUUAUGUGAAAGCUUGUUUGAGUCCUGACGAUAACUACAUUCUAUCGGGAAGCAGUGAUCACGACGGAUAUAUCUGGAAUGUCAAGAAUUCAAAUCCUUUGGUAAAAUUAAGCGGACACGAUGCGGAAGUCACGUGUGUUGCGUGGUGUGAAGACAACAGCAAUGUUGUUAUUACAUGUUCGGACGAUUUAAGACAUAAGGUUUGGAGGGUUUGUGCGGAUGUGACCGAGAUAUCUGCGUCUGAGAAUAGCAAUCGUGCUGUAGAAGUAAUUGCCACCACCACAUCGCCAGCUCGAAAAUGUAAAUCAAGUCCGUUGUCCCUUAAUGUUGCCAAACGAAAGCACGAGGUUCUGGACGAUUUUCCAACACUGGAAUGUGUUCUCCUUCCCGCCCUGGACCAUUUCAAAGUCGCUCGCCAUCUGGUAGUGACUUUGGAAAGUCAAGGUAAAGGUCACCUGUUAAGUGACUGUGGCCUUGGAAACUAG